AUGAGUGCAUAUAACCAGCUUCUUGUCUGUCUGGGAGCGCACAGUGGCUGGUGGUUUCCGGACAGUGCGGGUGUGUCUGUGGGGAGUGCUGCCUCGUACACUACUCCAUCUGUGGGUUUAUCAGGCCGGUCCCACCUGGAGUCGCUCUGGCUGAGAGAAAACACGCUCCCGACAGAUUUAGAGCCCUCUCCGCUCCGCAGGAAUGACGCCUUCAGAAGCAUUCAGGUAACUAUCGGGGUGCUGCUGGUGGAGUUGUCCGACAGCCUGGUGCGACCGCGGGCAGGGGAGUGCGAAGCAGCCGUUGACCAGAUCCCAUGUGACAGCUCUGCGGAGAGAGAAGCCAUGUCCGCCGCAGUGACGACGGCGAGACAGAGGAGGAGGUGA